CCGCUGAAGGCUUUGAGUAGCGCCUUUGGGCGGGCAGAGGCGUGGAGUCACGCAGCAGCGAGUAGGCAGCCGGUUGUCGCUGUGGUGACAGUCCACCGAGUGCGGCAGUGCCUGCGGGACGGCUGAACCGACGAGCGGGGGAGUCGCGGGAGCGUCCGUUGAGCUGUCUCUAGGAUACCUUGAAGGCGUCGAUAGUGAUGGGUCUGCUGUCGGAAGGGUCGCCAUUGAACUGGGAAGAGACGAAGAGAUACGCCGAUCACGUCCGCAAGCAUGGCAUCAUCCAGUUUCUUAACAUCUAUCACAAAGUGAAGGACCGCCAGAAGGAUGUGCUGAAGUGGGGAGACGAGGUUGAAUAUAUGUUGUUGUCAUUUGAUCAUGAACAUCAAAAAGUUCAAGUGUUGCUGCAUGGAGAAGAAAUUCUUCAUGAGCUUCAAAAUCGGGGUGAAAAAACAAAUCCCAACCAUCCUACUCUUUGGAGGCCUGAAUAUGGCAGCUACAUGAUUGAAGGUACUCCAGGGCAGCCGUAUGGAGGAACAAUGGCAGAUUUCAACACUGUGGAAGCAAACAUGAAGUUUCGUCGACAAGAAGUGUCUUUCUUAUUGAAAGCAAAUGAGACUAUCUGCACCAUCACUGCUUUCCCCAGACUGGGAUGUCAUCAGUUCACACAACCUGUAUAUGAGCCGAAACCUGUUGAAAGUGGAGCAUCUAAAUCACUGUUUUUCCCUGAUGAAGCAAUUAACAAACAUCCAAGAUUUAGCACUUUGACAAGGAAUAUUCGGCACAGGCGUGGAGAAAAGAUAGCCAUUAAUGUCCCAAUUUAUAAGGACAGAUGUGUUUCCUCUCCUUUUGUUGAAAAAUUUGUCAAUGAUGAUGGUGAAACAGCGAGAGCAACAAAACCUGAUCAUAUCUAUAUGGACGCUAUGGGGUUUGGUAUGGGCAAUUGCUGUCUUCAGGUGACAUUCCAAGCAUGUAGCAUCUCGGAAGCCAGAUAUCUAUAUGAUCAGCUUGCCACAAUUUGCCCUAUAGUGAUGGCUUUGAGUGCUGCUUCACCAUUUUAUAGAGGUUAUGUGUCUGACAUUGAUUGUCGCUGGGGUGUAAUUUCAGCCUCUGUAGAUGACCGAACCAGAGAAGAAAGAGGUUUGGAGCCUCGCAAGCACUGCAAAUACAGGAUCAGUAAAUCCAGGUAUGACUCCAUUGAUAGUUACCUGUCGAAAUGUGGUGAAAAAUAUAAUGACCUAGAAUUAACAGUCGAUGAUGAAAUCUACAAGCAACUUCGAGAAGGAGGUAUUGAUCAUCUUCUGGCACAACAUAUAGCUCAUCUUUUUAUUCGUGAUCCUUUGACACUGUAUGCAGAAAAGAUAAAUCUGGAUGAUGCAAAUGAGUCUGACCACUUUGAGAACAUACAAUCCACAAAUUGGCAAACCAUGCGAUUCAAGCCACCACCCCCAAAUUCUGAAAUUGGAUGGAGAGUGGAGUUUCGACCUAUGGAGGUCCAAUUGACAGACUUUGAGAAUUCUGCAUAUGUGGUCUUUGUUGUGCUGUUGACCAGAGUAAUCCUUUCAUACAAGUUGGAUUUUCUUAUUCCACUCUCAAAAGUGGAUGAGAACUUAAUUGUGGCUCAAAAGCGUGAUGCUGUACGCCAAGGGAUGUUCUACUUCAGGAAAGAUAUUUAUAAAGCUGGCAACCCAGUUGUCGAUGGCUGUGCUCGUACACAAAAUGGGAUUGAUUUGGAUUCGGAAGAAUAUGCAUUAAUGAGCAUAGAUACCAUUAUUAAUGGAAAGGAAGGAGUUUUUCCAGGUUUAAUUCCAAUUAUAAACAGUUACCUUGAAAACAUGGAAGUAGAUGUGGAUACACGGUGCAGCAUUUUAAACUACCUCAAACUCAUCAGAAAGCGAGCUUCAGGAGAACUGAUGACUGCAGCAUGUUGGUUGAGGAAGUUUGUUUCUGAUCAUCCUGACUAUAAGCAAGAUAGUGUUGUGACUGAAAAAAUCAACUAUGAUCUAAUGAUGAACUGUGACCAAAUUGCAAAGGGGUUAUGUGACUGCCCAAAAUUAAUUGGAGUACCAAUCAGCAAACCAAAAUACUCUGAUGGCAAGCACAACACCGUUUGAUAUAAUGGCAUUGUGUACCUUUAAUGUUUAUCAUACAGAUUUUGCAUGGAAAAGAGACCACGAAUGUGCACAAACUAAUGAACAGGGCCAACUAUUUAAAUCAAAUCUUUAUUUUAUUGAUUGUUUAAAUCAGUGCAGAUUUGUGCAUUGCAGUUGUCAGAUGACCUGUAAGCUACAUGUACAUAUAUUGUUUUUAGAUUAACAAUGUAUUUUUAAUACACUCUAACAUGGGUUGUUGCACAAAAUUCUGCUGUAGAUACAAAUGGAGAAAUGUACUUUGUAUAUAUAACUUUCUUACCACAAAUUUCAUUGCAUUUUAUUCAUUGUAAAUGUACUGAAUAAAUUGCUUAGAUCAUGUAAGAAUAAAUGAACUCUAGAUGUUUAUAUUGAAUGUUUUUGUUUUUGUUGAUUUGACUAAAAGAAAUUACUAACUUUGUUGUGUCCACAUUGUGUAAAAUAUCUGCAUUGUGGUUUACAUUUUGUAAGGACUUUGUCAAAGUUUAAAUUGAUUGCAUUGUUUCAUAAGUGAGUUCAGUAGAUAUUCAUGGUUUUCACAGUGAGAAAAUGAAAUGAAUCAAGGAGGUGGAAUUGUAAUUGUAAUAAAUUCACUCUGGAAAUUGA